AUGUCGCGCUCACGAUCGAGGUCCAGCGCUGGCAGCGACCAGCGAGAUCGCCUCGAGCCGCAAUUAAUCCGCGCCGCUGGGAAUAACGACAUCCAAGCUAUCAAAAAUAUUUCGCGGCUCGCUGAUGAAAAGGGGCAGCUGAACCCGGCUUUUCUGUGCCUUGGAUUGAUGAAAGCUUGCGAACGGGGCUGUUUAGAAGCCACGCAAUAUCUGCUGAAAGAAGGCGCGAGCGUUGAACCAGCGGCCAGCUGGACUACGCCUCCUGUCUAUCGUGCCGUGGACCACAACCAUGUCCAGAUUGUUAAGCUGUUACUCGACGCAGGCGCUACACUGGAUUUCCGAGAUAAAAACGGUCGUACGGCGUUAAUGACGGCAGCCUGGAAGAACCAAUGGCAUGUCCUGCAGCUCCUCAUCUCGCGAGGUGCCGACGUGAAUGUGAAGGACAACGAGAAUCGGAAUAUCCUGCAUAAUUUGGGCGCAGACAAGGAAUGCGUCUGGGGCGACGAUGUUGUCAACUUGCUAUUGCGGACAAACUGUGAAUUGGAUGCGCGAGACAAACUCGGCCGGACUCCCUUGCACUGGGCUUGCACCACUGGGAAGACGCAUUUCGCCAAGUUACUGCUUUCGCGACCGCAAGGCUGCCCUCCAGGUUAUAUUGAUGACACAGAGCUUCGGAAUAAGACGGCCCUCCAUCUCGCAACUGCCCAUGACCGGGAAGAUGUCAUUGAGCUGCUUCUGAAAUACGGAGCGGAUGUGAAUGCGCGCAGUGAUGGAGGCUGGACGGCUCUGCACAAUGCCUGUGACAAAGGCUGCGAAAAGAUUGUCCGUAUAUUACUGGAAGCCGGCGCGGAGCUUAACAGCCAGCUACUGAACGGAAUGACCCCCUUGCACUUGGCUGCGCAGGCUGGCCAUACAGACGUAGUUAAUUGCUUGUUAGAACAGCCGAAUCUACGUAGACGUACGCGGGACACAUUCGGCAGCACACCAUUUCUACGCGCAGCUCAGUUCAAGCGAAAGGAUAUCGUCCAGCUGCUAGCUCCUUUCAACCAUGUUGAAGCCCUUUCCGAGGAUGCUGUUGGGGCUUGCAAGGGGUUUGAAGCGACUAUUGUAGACUUUGGCAAUUUCCACAACGAGAACCGAGUCAAAAAGGUAUCGGUAUACGAGUUGCUUUAUGGACGAGAUCCGAAGAAGCCCGACAAACAGGCAAUUCCCACGCAGCCUAUGAACGUCAAAGCCAGCGAAUUCCGAUGGAUACAUCUGCCUGCCAACAACAUGGCUUGGGUCGAAGCUCUGAUGACGAAGGCGUUUAUCGAAGAAGGUGCAAGCGAUAUUGAAGGAUUCAAAGGCUUGGAGAAGUCAUUUACUCAUCAGCAUCGUGGACAACGGCCUCACUCACAUUUCAUGAGACCAUUGUGUCAGAGUACUCCUCGUUCAGUAAGAAACAGGGAGGAUGAGCCCGAAAAGGACGAAGAACAACAACAACAAGAACAAGAAGAAGAAGAAGAGAGGACAGAGAAUGCCUUACCUCGACUGGUGAUAAACGGCCCCAUGGUUCCAAAACAACCUGAGAGCUCGCCAACUACCUUGAAGAAGCGCGAAACGGGCUUGAGCAAGUCCUCUCAGUCUCAAGAUGACGAUAACGCUUCAGGACGGAAACCAAAAGCCAAACGCAACAAAAGUGGCAAAGAUACAAGCAAGAGCGAGAGAAACAGACCGAGCAACAAUAACUCCGGUAAACACACGAAGGCGUCUGCGCUGAAUCUGGCCAAGGACUCGGCUUUUGCUGCCAAAAGUAACAUCUGCGUCUUCAUGCCAUAUCUGCAUUUCGAAACCACUCAAAGCCAACGGAAAAUGCAGGAGACAAUCCGCCAGGCAGAAGCGUUAGUGUCUCGCCCAGGAUUAUCAAGAACACCAACCAGAGACGAGAUGUUGAUUCGCGCGCAUAUUAAUUCGUCAACGGCAUCUCUGCAUGUCCGCCGAACCUUAGACCAGUUCUUUUAUCCUAACAUCGACACCGAGACACGAGACAGUGACCAGGUGGUUUAUCGCUAUCAGAAAAGAUGGUCGGACCACAAAGCAAAGGAUCCCAAAAUCUUCAUGGUAGAUCAACUGUGGAUGUGGAUACUCGGUCAAAACCUGAUUGUGACCAGCUUCCCCCAGCGAUGGGAACAACCAAAAAAUGAUCCUCUCAACGUGCUAGACGGUAUAAUCGAGGACAUCAAUUCCAAGACGCGGGAGCCAGUGCGGUCAGUUUACGAGCUGGCUACGGUCAUCAGCGCCCGCUGCUCUGGAAUCUUUGAUCGGCACCGUAUAGGCGACGAGGAUUAUCAAUUCCUGGACAUGUUUGAAUCGUGUAUUGGUACGGCGACAGACUGCGAGACUGUUCUAUUCCGUGAGUUCAACAUUGCAUCUGCGCAGGCUUCCAUGUGGCUCAAACACCGCCGAACAUCGAAGCCAUCAUUUAUUAUGGACGGGCUGUCUCAAAGCAAACAGCCGGACGGAAUCGAGAGAGAGGAGGGUGACGAAAACCGACACAAGGAAGAAGAGGAUGGCCAGCCCCUGUUUGUCGACAAACUGUUGGAUAUCGGCCAGGAAACAGAUCUCCUAGCCGAAGCGAAAGAUGUACGUGACGAGCUGAACAUGAUUCGCACGGUGCUCGAAUACCAAAAGCAAGUACUCGUCGACCUUCAGGAUGCGAUAUGCGAGAUCUACUUUGAAGAGAACAAAUCCCAAAGCGACAUCAAAAAGAAGUUCCGAGAGCAGCAGAGAAUCAUCGAAAUGCACGUGAAAGACGUGGAUCGCAUGGACAAACAAACGGAGCGAAUCUACGACUCCAUCACAGAUCUGCUCGACCUGAAGCAAAAACAUGCCAACGCAUUUGAAGCCCGCUUCGCUCGCGACCAAGCGGCGGGGACUGCUCGUCAGGGGAAAACAAUCAUGAUGUUCACGAUUGUGACCAUCUUCUUCCUGCCAUUGUCAUUUAUUGCAUCGUUUUUCGCCAUCAACGUAGCAGAAUUCCCACAUUCAGAUGGCAACACCAACCUCCCGCUCUCCUACGUGUCAAAGUAUAUCUUCGGCAUUGGAUUCUCCAUUUCAAUUCCCCUGAUUCUCCUCGCGCUUUCAGUCGACGAUAUCCGGUACGGAAGCCGGGAAGCAUGGCGACGCAUCCGCCAAUGGCAUCUUGGACACAGUAACAAGAAAAGGAGCCAUAAGACCAGCGAUAAGAGACAGAGCAACAUGUUGGCCAGUCAGACAAUCGAAAUCGAGCGCAUUCUCAGUGCUGCAAAGUCCAGACGAAGCAUUGAUACAGAUGACUAUUUUGGCACGGGGCUGCUCCCUGUUGCGACGAAGAAUACAAUACAUAGUGCUGUGCCUAGAUCGUCGACGCAUACCUAUCGAUCGAUGGGGAAUAGGAACAUCGAGAGAUGA